UCUCCCUCCAGGCAUUGGCGAGGCCGCCUGUCAAUCACGCCAGCACCCAGCGCACCGGGCGCCGCGGUGCCACAGACACAGGCGGCGGCGGCGGCGGCCACAGCCCGGGGAGCGGCGCGGAGAAUGGAGGAGGAGAUGCAGGCGGCAGCGGCGGCGGGCGGGGAGGAGGGGCGCAGCCUGCCCAAGAUGUACCGGCAGCGGAGCCCCUACAGCGUGCUCAAGACCUUCCCCGGUCUGGACUUAAGUCCUGAGAGUCGUAUGAUUCUGGAUGCCUUUGCCCAACAAUGCAGCCGGGUUCUUAGUCUUUUAAAUUGCGGUGGAAAACUGAUGGACAGCAAUCACUCUCAGUCCAUGAUUUCUUACAUAAAGCAGGAAAGCACAAGUUAUAGUGAAAGACAAGAGCAGUGUCAGCUUGGGAAACUUGUCCAUAGUCAGACACCAGACAAUUUAGACAUAGAGAUGCAGUAUAUGCAAAAGAAACAACAAACCUCAGCCUUUCUGAGGGUUUUUACUGAUUCUCUCCAGAACUAUUUGCUUUCUGGGAGCUUUCCAUCUCAGAACACCUCAUCAGUAAAUGAUUUUGGCCAUUUGGCAGAUGUGGAUCCACUUUCAACUUCUCCAGUACACACUUUAGGUGGAUGGACCUCCCCAGCAACCUCUGAAUCCCAUGGACAUCCGUCAUCUUCCACACUUCCAGAGGAGGAAGAGGAGGAGGAGGAGGAAGGGUACUGUCCCCGAUGUCAAGAGCUAGAACAGGAGGUAAUUUCACUGCAACAAGAAAAUGAGGAACUCCGAAGAAAACUGGAGAGCAUUCCAGUGCCCUGCCAGACUGUUUUAGAUUAUUUGAAGACUGUACUUCAGCACCACAACCAGCUUAUGAUACCACAGCCAACGGACCAUCCAACGGAGGGAAGCAAGCAGCUGCUGAACAACUAUCCUGUCUACAUCACUAGUAAACAGUGGGAUGAGGCUGUAAAUUCUUCAAAGAAAGAUGGAAGGCGACUACUUCGAUAUCUCAUCAGAUUUGUUUUCACAACCGAUGAGCUUAAGUACUCAUGCGGCCUUGGAAAAAGGAAAAGGUCAGUGCAGUCAGGAGAGACAGGUCCUGAAAGACGUCCUCUGGAUCCAGUAAAAGUAACAUGUCUCAGAGAGUUCAUUAGGAUGCAUUGUACUUCCAACCCUGACUGGUGGAUGCCAUCUGAAGAACAGAUAAACAAGGUGUUCAGUGAUGCAGUAGGACAUGCUCGUCAAGGGCGUGCAGUGGGGACUUUCCUUCAUAAUGGUAACUCAUAUUAUGAAGGGACUGACCAUCCAGGUUCACAAGAUGAAGUCUUCAAUAGGGGCAUGCAAGAUGGAUCUGGAGAUUGAAAGCAAAGCAAGAAAAACCAUACAACUGUAGCAGAUGUUUUAAACUAGAAGAGACUGUUGGUUAGAUAUACUUACCUUGAAAUCAUUUAAGAGUCCAAAGCAUGUUCAAACUCAUACUGCAAACAUUCCGGCUUUUCCAUCCUACCCAGUGCCCCAGUUAACAAAGACAUCUAUUACAAGGCCUACCUGUGGAA